AUGCACGCGCCCACGCUGUGCACACGACCCUGCUGUGCACGUGUACUGACGCACAGGUACAUCCGUCGAAGACGUUGUGAUCCCGGCGCAACGACUACCUGCUGUCCCAGUGGCCAUUUUGCUGGCCCCAUGGCCUCGAGCGAGUCCUUCAACCCGUGCGUCGCAGGCAGCGAAGCCGCCACUGAGUCCACCCCGCCGCUGCGUCUGGCGGUGGUGUGCUGCAGCAACCAAAACCGGAGCAUGGAGGUGCACCGCGUCCUCAGCAAACGCGGAUUCAGUGUGCGGUCCUUCGGAACAGGAACAAUAGUGAAGCUGCCCGGCCCUGUGCCCGACAAGCCCAACGUUUACGAUUUCCGCACCACCUACGAACAGAUGUACCACGAUCUGCUCAGGAAGGACAGGCACCUGUAUACGCAGAACGGCGUUUUACACAUGUUGGAACGAAACAAGAGGAUCAAGCCCCGGCCAGAGAGGUUCCAGAGCUGCCGAGACGAGUUCGACCUGAUCAUCACAUGCAAAGAGAGAGUGUACGACCAGGUGGUGGAAGACAUGCAUUCCAGAGAGCAGGUGACCUGCCAGCCGGUGCACGUGAUCAACGUGGACAUCGAGGACAACCCGGAAGAGGCCACUGUGGGCGCGUUCCUCAUCUGCAAGCUGUGCCAGUGCCUUCAGCGCACCGCGGAUAUGGAGAACGACAUAGACGGCGUGCUGCUGGAGUUCGAGGCCAAGAGCGGCAAAACCUUCCUGCACACCGUGUGCUUCUACUGAGCCGCCGGCCGCGCCCCUGGGGCCCGCGAUCCGAGCUUCUGUUCGGCACUCCCGGUUCCUUCCCCUGUUUGGUUCCGCCCUUAGGUCCGCUGUCCCACGACACUAGUAAUCCCCGAUAAAAUGUAGGUGAUGAGAUGAGAAGAUAGCGUGGACGACGCCAAGUUCAAGACAAUCCAUUUGUUUCUACUCCGCUUUGAUUUACAGCGAGCACUGACUCUCAAGUUCUUUCUCUUGACCCAAGAAAGCAAACCACGGUUUGAAGUCCUUUUCACCUAUAGCCUUGUGGCUUUCUUGCUCUUUCCCCUCUGUCCCCCAAACUUGCUGGAAUGUAUGAACCACCGAAAUAAAGG